AUGCAGCUGGUCAGGGAACAACCGCAGGAAGAGGAGAGCACGGUCAGAAUUCACGCUCGGGACCCAUAUCCUUUAACGGCCCCUACGUGGGUUUUAUCGGAGGACAGACCCCGAUUUACCGCAGAAUCCCCAAAGUGGAAUAGUCAUUCGCUCGUCUAUGCUCCGCUCAACUUGGACAGACUUCAGCAGUGGAUUGACGCCGGCCGAAUCGACACAUCCCACGUAAUUACAAUGAAAGAUCUCGUGGACUCGCGCGCCAUUCAUCAAAUCAAGGAUGGUGUGAAGCUUCUCGCCGACGGUAAAGAGAAGUUCCACUCGAAGAUCCGAAUCGAUGUCUCGCGCGCGAGCAACGAGGCGAUCAAGACCAUCGAGCAGAACGGAGGUCAAAUUGUGUGCUCCCACUACAACAAAUUGGCGAUGCGCUUGCUGCUGAAGCCGCAGAAGUUUGUGCCUCCGUAUCCGCGCCGAGCUCGUCCGUCUCCGAAGCUGAUGAGUUAUUAUACAAGUGAUGAACAUCGAGGGUACUUGUCUCCGUCGUAUUCGGGUGUGUAUCAAAGCUUUUUGGAAGACAUGCAUGGAAGAGGAGUCUGUGUGUCUCCGAAUGGACAGGGACGGAUUGAAUCGUGA